AGCCUUGAGUAUGCAGCAGCAGACCUCCCAGGGAUCAACCACACAUCAUAUAUCCAUCUUCUUACUGGUCGACCUGCCACCAUUCCUGUCACGAUAACCUUCUCAAGGUUAUUUCCAUCUCUACACCUAAUGUGACCAAAGCAUACAGAAAACAAUGAGCUUUUCUUAUAAGGAGGCCCUCUCCUGAGAAGCCAGUCCUGGGGCAUACAAAUUGGCUCCAUGGGAGGGGGCAUUGCAGCAGUUUGGCAGAAGAGCUCUGCCCCCCUUGCUUGGGGAGUGAAGUCAGAGGCAGCAGGAGGAGCUGGCUGGCUGUGUGUGUAUGUGCAGAGCUCCUUGGCCGCCCUGUUUCCUGGUGCUCUGCUCCCUGACCCCAGUGGCAGUCCCUUCUCACUGCACGGCUCUGCUCUCUCCCUCCUUUGCUCUCGCUCGCUCUCCCCUCUGUCUCUCUGGCUCGCUCGCUGCUCUCCCAGAUCGAGGCUCUGCUCUCAUUCUUUCUCUCUGUGUCUCUCAUUUCCACUCUCCAGCCGGCCGGGGGACCCUCAGGGUCGAAGGUUUUGCCCUGCCUACACCAACCUCCACCUUCCAGCCUUUCUCUUAACCAGCUCUCUCAAAUCCCCCAUGGAUCGGUUCCUCUCCCAGCACUGAAGGCAUCCCUAGGACACACAGCAGCAGCCAGAAAAAGAAAGAACUCCACAUUAAAGAAGAAGAUAAUCCAACACCUCUGAUAGCUGGCAAAAGAUCUGACGAAAUGUAACCAACUUUGUAAAGCUAGCUGUGCUUCGAAGAGGGUGCAGGCAUUUGACAAGAGCCAUUUGACCUUCAUGAGAAGUCUGUAGUGUUGAUGAGGAGAUCCUUGGGUUCAGAAGUUGGCUGGAACACAAUGCCCACCGCCAUUCUUGACUCUGGAAAGUUGUAAAUUGCUCAUGUCUAUAAGGAGGAAGGAUGGCUCAUGGAAUUCCUUCACAAGGCAAAGUUACUGUAACAGUGGAUGAAUACAGCUCAAAUCCAACCCAGGCAUUUACACACUACAACAUCAACCAGAGCAGGUUCCAGCCUCCACAUGUACAUAUGGUCGACCCUAUCCCAUAUGACACUCCAAAACCAACGGGCCACACGCGAUUUGUCUGCGUCUCAGACACACACUCCAGAACAGAUGGCAUCCAGAUGCCUUAUGGGGACAUCCUUCUCCACACAGGCGAUUUCACCGAGCUGGGACUGCCCUCCGAGGUUAAGAAGUUUAAUGACUGGUUAGGAAGCCUGCCAUAUGAAUAUAAAAUAGUGAUUGCUGGGAAUCAUGAACUGACAUUUGAUAAGGAAUUCAUGGCAGACCUUGUUAAACAGGAUUACUACCGCUUUCCCUCUGUGUCCAAAUUGAAACCAGAGGACUUUGACAAUGUUCAGUCACUUCUGACAAACAGUAUUUACUUGCAAGAUUCAGAGGUAACAGUUAAAGGAUUCCGAAUAUACGGUGCCCCAUGGACACCAUGGUUUAAUGGAUGGGGCUUUAACCUACCCAGAGGUCAGUCUUUGCUGGACAAGUGGAACCUUAUCCCUGAGGGCAUUGAUAUCCUAAUGACACAUGGACCUCCUCUUGGUUUUCGAGACUGGGUCCCAAAGGAGCUGCAAAGAGUUGGCUGUGUGGAGCUGUUGAACACUGUGCAAAGGCGAGUAAGGCCCAAACUCCACGUCUUUGGUGGAAUUCAUGAAGGUUAUGGCAUUAUGACAGACGGUUACACAACGUACAUCAACGCCUCAACAUGUACAGUCAGCUUUCAACCAACCAAUCCUCCAAUUAUAUUUGACCUUCCAACCCCUCAAGGAUCAUGAAGCACUACUGCACAGUUUAGUGGGGAAGGUCUAUAAACUGCCAUUUUCUAAUUAUAAAACUUACAUUCUCUUACAUGUUUAUUUCCAAAAUUAUGUGGGUUUUUUGUAAAUUGCUGGUACAAAAAAGAAAAAGAGGUUAUGCUUUUUGGAAAUGCAGCAUCCAUUUUAAAUUGAUACAGCAUUGUGAAUUUGUAAAAUGAACUUUUUUUGUUUUCUCAAACUUGCCAUUGUAAAAUUGUUAUAGUAUUCUCAAAAGGACAGCCAAGCUUUCUUUUAACAAGUGAGAGACCUUAUUUUAAUAUUAUAUUAUAAGCUAAAAAGGCAGCAUUUAAAAAAAAACACCAAAUUUGCACAACUGUUAUUGUUUGAAAGUUUUUAAAUGUAAUUUUUCCUAGUUAAGAUGUCACCUUCCCCUAUCUCCCCCCCGCAGUUAUAUUAAACUUUUUUUUAGUAAUGUAAACAUGAUUUAGGAGUCUGUUUGCCCCUUGAUAAGUGUGCAUGUACUGUAGUUCCCUCCUAUUACCAGUAAUGUGCAGCAAGGGGAGAACAGACUUCACAGUUGUUUGUCUCUGCCUACUUUAAAUAUAGAUAGCUGCAUCCUUUAUGUGAUUUUCUACCUUUUUAUUAUUUGGGUUUUUUGUUUUGUUUUUUAAAUUAUUUUAGCUUUAAAAAUACGGGGAUGAAAGCUGCAAAGAGCAGGUGUUUCAUGCAGUAAAAACAUGUAAAUGCGGACUCCUUUUAAAUAUGAAUUUAUAUAUAUAUGUAUUUUUUGUGCAUUAUAACUAGGAAUUUAAUAUUGCAAGUAUAGCAUCUGAAAAAUUAUGCUGUACAGCACAUCUAAAUUAUGAAGGAUGUGACAUUUUCCAAGUGCUCAAGGCCUUCAAGAGCUUGAGUUAAAUCUUUGUGCAGUUUCAGGCAUGUAUAGAAUCAAAUGGAUACAAUCAAGCCUAACUAAAAUAAGGCUUAGUUGUCCUUUAUAUUUAAAUAUUCUUGAAUUGUCUUUUUAUUUCCUUUUUUCCUUAUUUUGCACUGUGUGUAAAUGCAAUCUUACUAGCACAAAAUAUUGUUGCAGAUAGUUAUUUCUGUUCUACCAAUGUAAAUGCUAUUGAGCUUUGUUCUGUUUUAUGUUACCUUGUUAAUGGAAUUUAGAAAAGCAGUUGUUUCUUUAAAUUUAUUGUGAUAUUAUAUAUCUAGCGGCCUUUAUAU